AAUGGGGUAUUGGCUUCAACUUUAGAAAGUAAAGUUACGAGAGUACUUAAAGCAGAACAAAAAUCAAUGGCUGCAAGAGAAGAUCUUAUAAAAGAUUUUAGAAAUUGGACUCUGCUGAUUCCAAAUACUGAAAGUUCAAGUAUGGUCAAAGACUUCACUGAACUCUUAUCACGUCAAAAAACCGGUGACCAAGCAACUCUCACAAAAUUAUCCCAAUUGAAGAAUCAUUUGUUAAGUGUUCAUGCUAGAGAGAAAAAACAACGAGAAUUAAUCAAUGAACAAACCAAAAUCUUAAAGCAAAUUAAAGAUUCUGAAGUUAAAUAUGGUCAUAAUGCAACCGUGACAGCAUUACUUAGGGAAAAAUUGGAAGCAAAUAUAUAUAAUUUAGAAGUUGUCGAAUUGCAAUUAGUAAGAUCAAUUUCAGAAAGUUUAAGAGAAGCAUUUUUAGAUUAUAUUACUGCUUUA